UGAUUAUUCAAUUAUUAUAAUAGUACAUUUUUAGUCCUCCACUCAUUGUGUCAAAACUAAAAUUAUCAAUGUGAUAUUACUUAGAGAACUAAAUCCGGAAAACUUUGAAAUUGACAAGUGCCUCUUCACAAUAAUUCUUUCACCGAUACAAUUGGCAAAAUUCUUACAUAAACUCUAUGAAGGAUGAUGGCCCACAACUAACAUUUUACUCCAUCAGGGCGCCACCACAAGACUUAGGACCUAACUGGUCGUCCCUACCAGUGUGCUCAUAUCCAUAUGUGGUCCACUACAAAAAGUAGCAUGAAAUCGUAUUCACCGUACACGUGGCACCAUCCCACUGCCCCAUUCAAUAAAUAGCAUGCAAAUGCCAACCGUUUGAUUACUUGACCAAUUCCCAACUCCAGCUCUUUCCUAUCCUUUCUGCCCUGUGCCCUCCUCAAUUUUAGGCCCUUUCUUCUCGCAUUUAAUAUUAACCGCAUGUCGGCGAUUCAAGAACGCGGCGGCGUUGGCGACGGCGUUGGCGACGGCGUUUCUGGGCCGAGCUCCAGCACCACCAGUCCUAGAAGUAGCAGCAGCGGCCAACACGGGGCUCUGAGCAAAGAGCCGGUUCGAUCCAUUUUGAAAGCGGAGCAGGUUGAGUCCGGCCCGGAAAUCAUUUCGGGUCACGCUAAUAAUCAUAGGGGAUUCGUUCCUUUCGUUCACAGACCUAUCCUGACGCCGAUCACUCAACGUCCGACGCCGGUAUCUAACACCGCCCCGCGGCGGUUCUCCACGAAGGACCGCCACACGAAAGUGGAAGGGCGUGGGAGGAGGAUCCGUAUACCCGCCACAUGCGCCGCCCGGCUCUUCCAGCUGACCCGGGAGCUCGGACACAAGUCCGACGGCGAAACAGUCGAGUGGUUGAUCGAGCAAUCCGAUCAGGCGAAAAUCAAAGCUACCGGCACUGAAACAGUCCCGGCCGUCCAGAUGCCCGUCGGUGGAUUUCAGAAAGUGCCGACCACAUCGCCGGCCACCGACAAAGAGAAAGAGGACGAGAAAGACCAGCAAGCACCAAAGCGACAAAGGAUAUCAGCCAAAUCGGAAUUUGUAGAAGCGACGAGAGUAAUUAAUCACAGUCUUGAAAACCCACCACGAAUACCGACUCCGGCGAAGCUACCCUACGCCGCGCCACCGGUAUGGGCGGUGAAUAACGCGAGGAGGAUGAUGGUAUCCUCAAACGCCUUCUGGGUGAUCCCCUUGAUGAACCCGCCGCCGUCUUUACACCUGCUCAGGCCGGAUUUCAACAUCCCCGCCCGGCCGAGUUCGUCACCACCGGUCGCACGGCCAUUAAUGAACGGCGGCGGCAUGGUACCAAGGGCCAACUUUCCGUUCACAGUCCGCCAUAACGAGAUGAGAUCGGAUUCCAUGGCAGCCACAGAAUCAAGGCCCACAGUGGCCAAUAUGCCCAACAAAACCCCGCCAACUGUGAAUAUAGCCGCCGGAGGCGGCAGAAGCAGUGGCGGCGGUGAUGGGAUCAGGGCACCAAAGCUUAGAGAUUUUUCUCUGGAAAUUUAAUUAUGAACGGAAAGAAGUGCAAUUUCUUGGAGCGACUGGGUGGAAACCGAGUCCAAGCUAAAUACUGCAAUUCAAAAGCAUCAAACACUUCAAAGAUAUAAUCUUCCUGAUUAUAGACGGAUUUCUGAUUCCAUUAUCAUCAGUUCCUCAUCAUAAGUCAUAACGUAUUCGUUCGUCUGUAAAUUCAAUUGUUCCUGUCUCUUCAGCUGUGUUUUGGCUUUCCGAAAAAAAAAAAAAGAUCACACCCCAUCGUGAAUUGUUCCUGUCUCUUCAAGGGCCCAGAACCCCGACCGGAAGAUACAUUGUUAGGAUGUAAAUUGUGCUCUGUCUCCAGUAAUUGCAGAGGUCUUAUACAUUUUUUAGCAUAGUAAUCUCUUAUCACAGUUGUCGGGAUUCGAACUCAGUACCUAACUCUUAUGGCACUCCCUCGCUACACCAGUUUAGCUACGCCUACAGGUUGUUUUGGCACUCCCUUGUUUUGGCUUUCCACAAUCCAAAAAUUGGAAUCGGCGGCCUCAAGCGUCACACACCUCGACACGGCUCAAAAUGUGGCUUUCCGCAUUAGCAAAUAGGGCUGGGCAAAAUGAUUAGGUUUGAUUGAAUCGAACUGAAAAUUGGUGGUUUGGUUUGGUUUGAUUUUACUUAAGUAAAUCUUUUGGUAACAAUUUUCUGAAACACAAUGGCUUAGUUUGAUUUGAUUUAAAACCUGAUAGAGUAUAUAGACUCGGCCACUUAGCCGUCUCUCGUGGUCAUCUUUAUUUGAUGGCUUGGACUUCUUAUAGGUCUCUCGGCCACACAUCUCGGUCACUUUAUUUGAUGACCCGGACAUCAUAUUAUGGGCGGUCACUCGACCUAUCUCUUAGUCAUCUUUAUUUGAUGACUAUGACUAUAUAUCAUGCAGAGCUACGCACAUAUGAGGAACGAUCUUGGCCAUCCCCUUAGCAGAUGCCGACGGUUGCAGUUCCACACCCAGGCCAAAGGGUUCACCCCUUUUGCUUCAUUUUGGGGGCAUCCGGUGUACUCUUUUUCCCUCAUUGGGAUUUUUUUCCCACAGGGUUUUUUUCUAAUGAGAUUUUUAACGAGGCAUCUCCCCAUUAUGUUAUGGAUCAAAAGGCGUCGACCCUCGUCCCCCUAUUGAAGACAUCAUGAGACAUGCACUACUCUACUCCUCUUCACCUCACUACAUUCACCUCAAGGAGUGAGGGAUUGGAAGAGCGGGGGACUUAGCGCCUCCGUUAACCAAAGAAGCAGGAAAUUCAAUUUUUUUCACGAAGUUUACUCACCAGAAAACGACAGAUCAGCACACAGUUCUACUUCCUUCCGCCUCGAGUACUCUCGACUCAGGGAGUGGGGGGCUCUUGAUAAAGUAUAUAGGCUCAGACCCCCGGGUCUCACUACUAUUAGGCCUGGACAGCGGCCCACACACGCUUAUCGAAUGUCUUUUGUAUUAUUGUACUAUUCAUAUAUCAUUUGUAUGUACUAGAUUAGUUUUUUAUUUAGUCGGGCCUAUCGGGCCCAUAUUAGCGGCCCGACCCAUCGUUUCUCUAUUUAUACUCCCAAAGGGAGCUCUUGUAAACCUAAGUUUCAAUUCAUUAUUCAUUCAUCUUCUCC